AUGCAGGAAAUCAUCGCCAGCGUGGACCAUAUCAAGUUCGAUUUGGAGAUCGCGGUGGAGCAGCAGCUCGGGGCACAGCCACUGCCCUUCCCCGGCAUGGACAAGUCGGGGGCUGCUGUCUGUGAAUUCUUUUUGAAAGCUGCCUGUGGGAAAGGGGGCAUGUGCCCGUUCCGCCACAUCAGCGGCGAGAAGACAGUUGUGUGCAAGCACUGGCUGCGGGGGCUGUGCAAGAAGGGGGACCAGUGUGAGUUCCUGCAUGAGUACGACAUGACCAAGAUGCCUGAGUGCUACUUCUACUCUAAGUUUGGUAAGGCACAAGGAACCCUCUCUGUCUGCCUUCUUCCAGCUUUCCAGCUUCAGAUCAGAAACCCAGGCAGUGCCUGCCACCCCCAGCUGGCUCUUCAAUGCUUCUCUGCUGCCCACUCUCCAGAGGUGGGCCAUCGCGGAAGCCCUUCUUCCUGCUGGUCAUGCGGGAGCAGUCCCGCCCUCUUUUUUCCUGUCCCCAUUGGUAGUCUGCGUGCACGUGUUUUCCACAGUAAAACCGUGUUGUGUAACUCUUUCCAGCAAAGUAACAAUCCGCCAUUACAAAGGUCGUCCUCCUUGAUCCAGUUAACGAGUCAGAACUCUUCUCCCAAUCAGCAGAGAGCCCCGCAGGUCAUCGGGGUCAUGCAGAGUCAAAACAGCAGCGCAGGCAACCGAGGACCCCGGCCGCUGGAGCAGGUCACCUGUUACAAGUGUGGUGAGAAAGGACACUACGCCAACAGAUGCACCAAAGGGCACUUGGCCUUUCUCAGUGGACAGUGACAGCAGCUGGAGCCAGCUCAGAGCAGCCCGAGGGGCCCCAUUGUUGGGAGCGUGCAUUUAACUGUUCAGUGCAGUGCUGGUGCGACUCUAGCAGCUA